CGCACGGCACAAGUGGCUCACCUAUCCAACUCAGAUCGACCAAACGGAAAAUCUGGGGUUGAGAAAAUUGGGCGAGACGAAAGGCUACAUUAUUGGUUCAAAUAUCCGGAAGAUGGAUUUUACAUCACCGCAGUAAAGAAUGAUCACGAGAAAGAGCUGCACUCGAUAUGCUUAUGUUGAUACAUUAUUGAUUUUUCAUAUUGACACCAG